UCUCUCUCUCUCUCUCUCUCUCUCUCUCUCAGCCUCCUUGUUUCUUCUUUUCUCCACACCCAACCUCUCUCUCUCUCACCCCAUGGCAGAGGCAAAGCAAGUCCCUUUGAAUGGAGCUUACUAUGGUCCACCUAUCCCUCCCCAACAAACCCAUCACCGGCGCGAGCGAGGGAGCGGAUGUUGUGGCCCAUGCUGCCUACUGAGCACCUUGUUCAAGCUCAUCGUCACCAUCAUCGUGGUUCUGGGCAUCGCCACCCUCGUUUUCUGGCUCAUUUUCCGCCCUUCCAAGAUGAAAGUGUAUGUCGAGAGUGCUACGCUUACCGAAUUCAAUCUCACCGACAACAAUAUUCUCCAUUACAAUCUUGCAGUAGAUGUUGCUAUAAGGAACCCCAACAAGCGGAUUGGCAUUUACUACGAUAGGCUUGAAGCUAGAGCUUACUACGAAGGAGAGCGGUUUGGUUACAAUCCUUUGCCGGCUUUUUAUCAAGGGCAUAAGGACACUACCAAUCUCCACCCAGUUUUCUCUGGGCAAAUUCCCAUUUCACUGGGGAACUCUGAUGUUGUGGAUUUCAAUAGGGAGAAAGGACAAGGGUUUUUCUCCAUUGAUGUUAAGAUCUAUGCAAGGCUUAGAUUUAAGAUUGGAUCAGUCAAGACCAGGCGCUUCAAGCCAGAUAUCGAGUGCGAGUUGAAGGUCCCUUUGACAACAAAUGGCAGAUCCUCGGCCAUUGGAUUUAUUGGGACAAAGUGCGACGUUGAUUUCUGAUCACCACCGCAUGUUUCUUUUUUAAUGGUUCUGUUUAUUCAUUGAUUAUGCAUUUUUCCUUUCUAUUUUAUCUUAUGGUUUGACUGUUUAUUCCUUUAUUGUUUCCCUUAAUAAUACUAGACCCCAUUUGCAUUGGGGCCCACCAUCCUGAUGGUUUGGUUUGUACAUUCAA